AUGCCCCCUUCUCGUACCAUCCUGAGCACGACAGACCGCUCGCCUGCCUAUGAAUAUCACGAGGAAUCGGACCCCCAUCCUUCAGUGACUAUAUGCGCCAAGUUCGUUACCACAACCCGCACAGGUCGUAAGGAUGUACUCCUACUCAGCGUCAACAAACCUCUCAGUAUCGGAAGAAGUCCGGGCUGCACAUACGUUGUUCCAGAUGCUGUGGUGUCCGGCCUUCACUGCAAGCUAUAUGCUGUGCGUUCGAGUCACGGAGGCAUCAUCAUAUCUUGUCAGGACCAUUCCACGAACGGUCUCAUUUUGAAUGGCCACAGGGUCCGGAAGACGUCCAUCUUGCUCAUGGAUGGAGAUCUCCUCGAAAUUCCGUCGUCUCAAAAAUUCGAAUGCAUCGUUUUGCACAAGGAACCGGAAAAAAAGGUUAACGUCUUCGACCCUACCCCACCAGCACUGCCAACACUGAAGACGAAGAAAAUCGAUCGCUAUCUGGUCAUGUCACACUGUCUGGGAAGCGGUAGCUUCGCUGAAGUUCAUCUGGCUAUGGAUACCUCCGCGUUCAAACAAGUCGCUUGCAAGUGUAUCAAACGCAAGAGUUCUGACAAGAUCGAGAAAAUAAGGAAGGAGGUAGACAUUCUCCUCAACCUGAGCCAUCCUAAUAUCAAUACUGUUCGGGCGGCAACGAACGAUGACAAUUUCCUUUACAUUUUCCUCGAGCUCUGCACCGGUGGAGACCUCUUCUCGUACAUCGUCAGUCAUCCCGACUCGCAGCUAUGUCAGGCCGAAGCCAAAUACAUCAUGUACCAACUUCUCAAGGGGCUCAAAUAUCUCCAUGACAGGCUCAUAUCUCAUAGAGACCUGAAGCCUGAGAAUAUUCUCCUCUAUGCACCUGGACCAUAUCCGCGGAUUCAGAUAGCCGACUUCGGCCUCGCACGCCCAAAGGCAUAUCAAGAAACGUUUAACGUCUGUGGCACGGUCUCCUAUCUCCCCCCUGAAGGGAUCCUCGCCCUGGAUCACAAACACCUGAGCUAUGUCGGCAUGCCAUCCGACUGUUGGAGCUCCGGCAUCAUCAUAGGUUGUCAUCCCUUCGAUUACGGCAAGGUCGACGGGGAAUCUGAGAUGUACUCAUACAUGCCCGAGUCCGAAGGCGAGGAUUACGACGAUUCCCAGUGUUCGCAGACGUCGAUCCAGGCAGACCAGCUGGUCAAGCGACGUAUUGUUCACGGCGAGGUUGAGUUUCCUUCCCCGGUAUGGGACAAAAUGCCGCGAGCCCGGGAUCUCUGUAGUGACUUGCUCGUCUACGAUCCUAUGGAUCGCGCUACUGCCCAAACAGCUCUUAGACACGAGUGGCUGACCGCGGAGUUGCUGGACCUAGAGCUCGCGUAUCGAUCUCGGAUUGGCUCUGUGUAA